UUGUUUUCUUCUUAUAGCAAAAAACUGCCAACGUGCAGCGACAACACAUUUCCGACGGUCCUCUUUUCUUUUUGACAUUAAAAAUGUCUUUUAAAGCAGUGGGCACAGCGUUUACCCGCACACUGUUGACUAGUGGACACAGGACUCCUCCUCUGGCGGGAUCCCCCAAAGUGAACAGACUUUCCACAUCAUGCAGGGUGUCUGCAGGAGGAAAACAGGGCUCCGAAAACAUAAAAACUUGCAGCUCGAACUCGGACACAUUGAGUGAAGACGUGCCGUCCUGCAGCGAGCCUUCACACAGAUGCACCACCGGGGAGAAGAAGCGAGCCAAGGAGCCCGCGGGUGCCCCCGGUGUGACUGGUGUAAGGAGACGGUCAUUUACCUCCACCGCCGCCCCGUCGACCCUCACCAGCCACCUGUGGGCUCGAUACCAUGACGCAAAGCGGAUGGUUCACGACCUGAUCCCUCCAGGUGCGUGUCACCUCCUCAACUCCUCCACCGUCUACGCUAACAACGAGGUCGACAUGGAUGAAGUGGACAUCUAUGGCUUUGACUAUGACUACACGCUGGCUCUGUACUCGAAUGCCCUCAACUCAAUGAUCUUUGACACAGCAAAAAAGUUCCUAAUAGAACACUUUAAGUACCCUGAAGGCAUCCGCAAAUAUGAUUACAUUCCCAACUUUACAGUUCGGGGUCUACACUAUGACAUCCAAAAGGGUCUUCUGAUGAAGAUAGAUGCUUUCCAUUACAUUCAGCCAGGAACGGUGUAUCGGGGAUUGAGCCCAGUGCCGGAUGAGGAAGUCCUUCAGCUCUACGGGGGGACCUUCCAUGUCCCCCUGCAGCAGGACAGUGGCUUCUAUGGAAAGGGACCAAAGGUUAAGCAGUUCAUGGACAUCUUCUCAAUUCCUGAGAUGACUCUGUUGGCUGUGACAAAUGAUUUUUUCAUCACCAACGGCAUCGAUUACGAUCCAGUUCACCUCUUCAAAGACGUCUCGGAAGCAAUUGGCAUGGUUCACCUGAAAGGCUUCAUGUACAAAUGGGUCAUGGAAGAUCUGGAUAAGUACAUCCUGAGAGGAGACGAGACGGACGCUGUUUUACACAGAUUGGUCAGUCAUGGAAAGAAACUUUUCCUCAUCACCAACAGUCCCUUCAGCUUUGUGAAUAAAGGAAUGACGCACAUGGUGGGGAAAAACUGGAGGGACUUCUUUGAUGUUGUGAUUGUCCAGGCAGACAAACCUCACUUCUUCACUGACUGUAUCAAGCCCUUCAGACGCCUGGAUAAAAACGGAGACCUCCAGUGGGAAAAGAUAGACCGUUUGGACAAAGGACAAGUCUACAAGCAGGGAAAUCUGUUUGACUUUCUCAGACUGACAGGAUGGAGAGGUUCAAAGGUUCUCUACUUUGGAGACCAUCUUUAUAGUGACUUGGCUGACCUGAUGUUGCGACAUGGCUGGCGAACAGGAGCCAUCGUACCUGAGCUGGAGACGGAAACCAAAGUGGUGAGCUCACAGCGCUAUGCCUUGAGCCUGACCUGGCUGCAGGCUUUAACCGGCCUGAUGGAACGUAUGCAGACACAUCGGGACCCAGAGUCUAAACUGGUUCUUGAUGAAUGGCAGAAGGAGAGAGAAGAACUCAGGGUGAUGACAAAGAACGUGUUCAACCCUCAGUUUGGCAGCAUCUUCAGGACCUGUCACAACCCCACUUACUUCUCCAGACGCCUGGCUCGUUUCUCAGACAUCUACAUGGCCUCCCUCAGCUGUCUCCUGAAUUAUGACCCGUCGUACACUUUCUAUCCCCGCCGCACCCCUCUGCAGCAUGAGGCUCCUCUGUGGAUGGACCAGCUUUGUACAGGCUGCAUGAAGACGCCUUUUCUGGAGGAAAUGUCUCACAUACGAUGAGAUCUCUCUUCCUCAGUGACUAUUUUAAGACCUUUUAGGCCAUUUUCUUCCUGUUUAUUUUAUGUAGCAAUUUUUCUUUAUAGUCAAGAAGGUUCUGCACAAUUCCCUCCACAGGGCAAAACAUCCCUGUUCUACACAGUGACCUACUUCCCAAUGAAUUCACUAGAGGGCGCUGUAGAUUCACUUGCUGUUGAGAAUUCAUGCAAUUCAAGAUUGACAGACUCUGGUUACUGCCUGAACCAAAGGGACAUGGAAAUGCUGAGAAACAUUACGCUGCUACCGCACAAUUACAACAAAUAAAUGUGUAAAAACUUGACAUAA